AUGGUGUCUAGGUUUUGGAUAUUGUGUGCCUCUUCUCUCAUCUUCUUCCUCGCUGUCUCAAGUGCUCCGACCGUUCAAGGUCAACUCUUCGACGUCAGAAACUACGGUGCUGGCGUAGACGGCAGAAGAAACAACGCGCUUGCGUUUGCAAAAGCGUGGAUGGAAGCUUGCCAAUGGAGUGGAGGAAGAUCCACGGUCUAUGUUCCUCCCGGAAUAUUCGAUCUCCCGCAAGUGAUGUUCACUGGUCCUUGCAAAAAUCCUGUAACCUUCCUAAUCGAAGGAACUUUAUUGGCUCCUCGGAGUCCCGACGCCAUCAAAGGCGAUGCAUGGAUCAUAUUCAAGGACGUCGAUUAUCUCACCGUCACAGGUGGAGGAUUACUUGACGGUCAAGGAUCCUACUCUUGGCCUCAUAAUGACUGUGACAAAAACUCUAGCUGUCGUCCACUAGCUAUAAAUAUGGGGUUUAUGGUCGUUAAACACUCGAAGAUCAACGUUCUACAUUCGCUCAACAGCAAAAUGGGACACUUCAAAUUCUACGCAGUCGAGGAUUUUAAUGUUACCGGCGUCACCGUCACCGCUCCCGGAGAUAUAUAG